GCAGGUGCCGGGCGGUCACCUGAUCCUUGCCAGCUGAUUUUUGACGGCGAGCAUUAUCUCUACAUCUCCGUCUCCGACUGGAAGCGCGUCGUAAAACAGGCAGUAAAGCUGGUGUGUGGAAGUGAAGUCAGUGAAAGGCACAGAAACGAAACUGUCAUGGCUCCAACUCUGUAUGACGAGAAGCCCGAGGUUGGGGACUUGGUGGAGAUUUUCCGUGGCACCUAUCAGCACUGGGCUGUGUACAUAGGAGACGGCUAUGUUGUGCACUUGGCACCCCCAUCCGAGGUUCCUGGGGCAGGAGCCAGCAGCAUGAUGUCUGUCCUCUAUGAGAAGGCCAUAGUGAAGAGAGAGGAGCUGUGGGAUGUGGUGGGUACCGACCACUGGCAAAUCAACAACAGCCUGGACAAGAAGUACGAGCCCCGCCCGGUGCAUGUUAUUGUGAGGGAGGCCCGCUCGCUGGUGGGAGAGGAGCUGCCCUACUGCGUCUUCAGGGGCAACUGUGAGCACUUUGUUACUGAGCUGCGCUACGGCAAGGCCGAGUCCCGGCAGGUGCGUAAGGCAGGAGAGGUGGUCGUAGCAGCAGGCGUGGCCACAGUGGUGGGCCUGGGUCUGGUGGCCCUGGCAGGAGCCCUGUUUGGAGGUGGGAGCAAAGAGAAGAGCAGCAAGCAGUGAUUGAUGUCCCAGUUCACCUGUUGGCUUGUUCAACCCUUUGAAACCCCAGCAAAUUCUCUUGGUUUCCUUCAGAAACAUGGGAAAAAAAUAAAAAAUGGUGAUGUGCAGAAUGGCAAGAAAUGGCAUAAAAAAAUAGCAAGAAAUUAGUAAAAAUAAAUAAAUAAAUAAAAUUAAAAAGAGAGAAAAUAUCCAGAAAAUUAUUAGGAAAAAGACCAAAUAAAUAAAUAUCUCACAAAAUUUUCAAAGAAAUACAGCAAAUUCUGUUGAGGGCGUGAGGUCAAACCUGUCAAUAGGCUCCUGGGUUUCAAAGGGUUACCUGAUCACCAGCAAGACCUAAAUGUUACUGAGCGCUCCCAGCCACAGAUAACACUGCCCGAGUCACUUCCAACCAUCUGCAAGUCAGCGGCUGUUAGUGUAUCAGCAUUUCUCCAGCCCAAAUCCCAAAGCAGCCCCAAACUUGUCCCACCCCAUGGACUGAUGGUUGUACCUUCAACGACUUUGUGUAAUGUUAACCCUCUCUGCAUCUGUCCCGCAUUUCAUCUUUGGUUUCCAUAGGAGGGAAGAACAGAUUAGUUUGGGAUCAAAGCCUCAUAUUUUUCCAAUCUUUUUAACAUUUAUACAGACCGCAGACAAAAGCACAAUAUUGUGAGAGAAGAGGUAUGAGCCCCUCUCUGGUCUACAGCAGCCAGGUAAUGCCAAUAACAAUGGUGCCAUGAGGACAGCUAGACUAAGCUAGAAUGUUUUAACAUAAAAUAGGGAAUACUUUAUAAUCUUUCAUAUAACUGAUUUGUUGAUUGUGCCUGGUAUUUACUCUACUCAAGUUCUUAAAAUAAAUAGGGAAGGUUGUAAAGGAAUAUAGUUUGGAAAUUUGUGUUUUUAAGCUUGGAAACAAUAUGCAAAAUGGGAAAAUGAUUUUGCUUAUACUGUGGAAGUGUGUUCACUUGACUAGAUAAAAAAAAACAAAAAACACUAACAACACUGACAAAUGAGAUGCAUAUAAAGGAAUAUUAACCUUAUAAAACAAAGUUCUUUAUCAUCACUUCCUUAGACAUACUACUACAUAGUAAUGUCCAACAAUAAACUUUAACCAGUUUAAUGAAAGUGAUACUAUGUUUCACACAAAGGUCAAGGAAUUUAAAGGUGCAAUACAAUAGAGUACUGUUGCAGUAAGGGUUACAUAGAAGUGAGAGGGAAAAUGUGGAUCUUGAACUAAACAAAUUAAGAGCCUGCAGUUUGCCUCUGAAAAAUGACUCACUGUUUUAGAUGUAUUUUGUAACAGUUGGUGUUUAUUUGACAUUUAAUGAUCUACACUUUGAUUAAAGAAAAGUUUAACUGUGAA